AUGAUAAUUCCACAUGAAAUUAACAAAAAUGUGCUGAAGUGUUACGAGGUUCCAGAUUGUUGUGCAAAAAAUACUAAUCAAAAAAUUCGAAGUUAUGAUUUUACAGAGUGGAAUAAAAAUAUUCCAGACAGUUUAAAACUAUUUUCUAUCAAAUGUAUCGCUAAACAUUGGCAAGAUCUCCCCAUACAGUUGGAUACCCUUUUAUACAGCGAUCGAAGUAUACUACUAGAUUAUUUACCCAUGGAUAUCCCUUUAAAGCUAGCUGUAAUGAAACUACAUGACGAUUACUAUUGGGAAAGAAAGUAUAAAACCUUUUGGCCAAAAGAGCCUUAUCCAAACAGAACCAUGCCUGAAUACUUUUUUUAUAAAUGCACCGAAAGUACGGAGUAUGAAUCGGAAAGUUCUUUAAUUUCUAAAUACCGAAAAAUAGGGGAAGGUAGUGACGAUAGAGAUAGUUCAAAUGGAAGCUAUUCCGUUAGUACGGUGUCUUUUGAAAGUAGUAAAGAAAAAUCUUGGAAACAAUGCUUUAUAGAACAAUACCUUGAGGAAACAUUGGAGAAUUUAAAACCAGAGGAAUAUGAUUUGGACAUGAUAAAAGAUUUGGUUGUAGUAUGUCGACAUUUUGUAACGACUAUGUCAUUAAAAGAACUUCAAGCACCGAAAAAAUCUUCUGGAAACAUUGAUCACAUUCCUCUGAACAUAGUCACGUCUGGAUUACCAUUUUUAACAGAAUUGUCGAUUUGCUUUAAACAGAAAUAUUUGCGUGAAAAUUUUUCAUGGAAUGCAUUCAAGGUGUCUCUACAAGAUAUUAAAUUUUUGGGAAAAGGUCUGGAGCAUUGCGACCUCUACAGUUUUAGAAUACAAAAUUCUGACAUUGAUUGCGUAAAAAUAAAAAUGCUCGUCGAGUCUCUUAUGAAGAAUAAAAAUUUAAAAAGUCUGGAUUUUUCGCACUGUGAAAUAGCUGACGAAGGCGCAUUAACUAUAUGUAAAUUAAUCAAGAAACAUCCUACACUGAACAAGAUUGUUUUAACGAAUAACAAUAUUGGAUGUGCUGGAGCUAAGUAUUUUGCAAUUCUAUUAUGUCAAGACGAUUGCAGGCUUUCAUAUUUGGAUUUAAAACUUAACAGGAUAGGAGAGGAAGGCGGAAAAUUAAUAACCGAAGCGUUAGUUAAAGGUGGUCAUUUAUUAAGAGAAUUAUGUUUAGCCGCAUGUUGUUUGAGAAAAAGUAAUUGGUCAAUUGGAAAAAUGAUUGCCAAGAAUAAUGUGUUGCAGAGCCUUGAUAUAAGUAGUAACAGAAUGGGUGAG